AUGGGCCAGGCCUGGACGUCGACCGAGAGCUGCUGCUCGAAGAGCGAGCAGCCCGAAGUUGAACAGGUAGCAGCAUGCCAAUCAAAUUGUCCCCCCGCGGCUUUGGACACUGCCAGCUAUGAACCGGGAAUUACUGGUAUGACCAGCCCAGGCUCCGAAGUAUUUGGCUUCAUGUCAACCUCCUCCGACAGCAUCGAGAUACUCGACCUCACGAAGACAAACGUCAGUGCGGAGCUGUUGCGAGGGAUUUCUUUGCAAAAGACUUUACGCAGCUUUGGUCGUCUUUGGCGUCGCAGACCAGCUGAUCUGAACUUGAACCAACGAGCGCAGCUUUACCGGCAGUCCGAGCCCGUUGCGAAGCUGGAUGUGUUUAUCUCGCACGCUUGGCACACGCACGGCAAAUGGAAAUUCCUUUCCUUGCUUCUCCAGUGCGGCUGGAAACCCACACUUCUCUUCUGGACGUUUGGCACAAGCCUCUCCUUCAUUCUCUGCUUAUUUGAUGUUCUGCCGCAGGUUAUGACUGUGCGUGUCACAGCUCUUGAGCAAGCAGAACCUGCAGCUUUCUGGCUCCUGCUGACGGGCUUGCUGUCCUCACUCGUCGGUUUGACUGCAUCGCCCUACAUUCCGUGGACUUCACAUUCAAGGAAAUGUUUUGUGGACAUCGCCUGCAUUCACCAGGCAGAUGAACAGCUCAUGAAGCAGGGGAUUCUCAAGAUUGGUGCCUUUUUGGCGGCUUCUUCAGAGCUGCGUGUCCUUUGGAGCGUGCCAUAUCUCUCGAGAUUGUGGUGCAUUUUUGAGCUCGCGGCAUAUCGGAAAGUGAACCCAACAGGCAAGAUAUCUUUGGCACCAGUGUACAUUGAGACUAUUGUGCUUCUGAUGUAUCUGUGGAUAUAUGCCGCUUCGACUGCUUGGUGGUUUUCACGGACUACCGAGCGACUCUCGAUUCUUUGGUUUGCUGCAAUCGUGCUGGCUUUGAGUAGUUCGGGGUUUGCUACCGUACAUGUUUUGCGGUGCAACUGCCUAUGCAAAAAGCAGUUAAUUGCUGACUUGGACAGCUUCGAUGUCAUGAGGGUGGAGUACCAGAACGAAUACGACAAGGCAUGCAUUCAUACGGCCAUCGAAAGCUGGUAUGGUAGUUUGCAGGCCUUCUCCGCCUACGUCCGGGGUCCACUUCGCCAAGAUGUGCUCAAACCCAUGCAGACCCCUGGCAGCAUAUCCUUUGGCUACAUAUGCUUGCGCACAUCGCCUUUGAUGACAGUUUGCCUUGAAGGCGUGCUGGCGAUGGUUAAGGCUGGAAAAUGCUUGGACAUUCUGUUAAGUUACAUUCUGAGCUACGUGGUCGGCUUUAUACUUUUCUUCAUGCCGGCUGUAUUGGUCCUUCUGAUCUUCCUUUGCGAGCGUGGUGCCGGACAAGACCAUCGAUGUAAGUCCUAUCUUCAAUCUUUGGGCAUUGUUCUUUCUGUGCUACUUGCCGCUCUGGUGGGAUCGGCUAUGGCUGCUCUGUCCUACAGGCACAGUAUUUGGAUGUCUUUAGGAUGGGUAGGAGUAGCUUUGGCCUUUGCUGGUUGCGUGAGACGCUAUUGCUCGCACCGGUAA